AAGACGCCCCCCUGCAUCCAGGUUUACCAAAUCCAGUGUGCCAAAUCCACUGUGUGGCACAUUGGACGGUACACAGUGGUUGCUGGAGAUAACUGGACUUUUUUUCAGAAUCUUUUAGGAAAAAAAUAAGCCAGAGCACAGCAUCGUCCCCCGCGGCCUCAUCGCUCUCCUUCCCCUACUCCCCCGGUGAGACCUGGUAAGAUUCCCCCGCUGCAACCAUGGUGGUGAUGAAGAUGAAGUUCCCCUUUCAGAAAAGGGUGAAGCUAGCCCAGGGACUGUGGCUCCUGUCUUGGUGUGCCACAGUUGCUGGGGCCACGACCUUCACCCUGGGGUGCAUCCUCAAGACGGAGCUCCGCAGGAGGGCAGAGGUAAUGGAUAACCAAGACAUUCAUAUUGUGCCGAACACCCUCAUGAUUGUUGGUCUCGCCUCCUUGGGCAUCAACUACUUUGCAUCAAAGAUCUGUCAGGAUGCCCUGGAUGCUGGGCGAUUCCCUCGCUGGAAGAACUUCUUGAAGCCCUACUUCGCCGUCUCUUGCUUCUUCACUGUGCUCAUGCUGCUAGCUGUCAUCAUGAGCUACGCAAUGAAGGGCAGUCUGGAGUCUUCUCUAAAGGCUGGCCUGAGGAAUGGCAUCCGCUUCUACAAGGAUACAGACACACCAGGCCGCUGCUUCCAGAAGCAGAACAUCGAUCGCCUGCAGAUGGAGUUUCAGUGUUGUGGGAACAAUGACUUCAGGGAUUGGUUCGAGGUCCAGUGGAUCAGCAACCGCUACCUUGAUUUCAGCUCUAAGGAAGUGAAAGACCGCAUCAAGAGCAACGUGGAUGGCCGUUACUUGGUAGACGGAGUUCCAUUCAGUUGCUGUAACCCCAGUUCUCCACGGCCGUGCAUCCAGUAUCAGCUUACCAACAAUUCAGCUCACUAUAACUAUGAUUACCAAACUGAGGAGCUCAACAUCUACCUCCGAGGGUGCAGAGAGGCUCUGGUCAACUACUACAUGGGCCUGAUGAACACAAUUGGGGCUGGAGUUCUGUCAAUCUUCCUCUUACAGGGCUCUGUGCUGGUGAGUUUGCGCCUCCUCCAGACCGCCAUGGAGGCAGUGGCAGGAAAGGAAAACACUGAAAUUGAGACAGAAGGGUACUUGCUAGAGAAGGGAGUGAAAGAAACUAUCAUGGAGUACCUCGACCCUGUGCUGAAGUUCUUCCUGCUCAAAAACCAGGUCGAAGAAGGGAGUGCUGCAGCCACAACAGCUGCUACACCAACUCCCACCUAAACCACAUUUUACAUCAAACAUCACGUGUAAAUAACUUGUACAAGACGGCAUCUAAGGAAUGAUUUCAAUUUUCAAAAAAGAACACAAAUAACAAAUUUCUGUGAAUUUCACAAAUUUAGGGAUAGUGUUUUUGUUUUUUUAUUGUCAGAUGACCAUCCACCCAUCUACUCUAAUUCCCGGUCAAAUUCUAUCUUUGUGUCUUUAUUGCCAGUAAAUGUACCCAUAGCAGCUAUGAUUAAUCCAGUUUUCAGACACUUGUACUCCUUAAAAUGAAUAAGAUGCUUAAAAUAAUGAGAACUUUUUUUAUUGUCUAUCACUUUUAUUUUGCCUGUUAUUCACUGCACAAGAUUAACAAAUCCUUGAUUGUUAUAUGUUUACAGUCCUACAAAUAUAUGCAAUUACCAAUAUUGCUUUUGAAAGUGGUUUGGAUUAUAAUUACACACUCACAAGACUUGUUUGUCUCAAACGCAAUAAAGCAGUCACCCAUCAAUCAGAGGAUAAACAUUAAUCGAAGAGCAAGUGUACAGAAAUUAUAUAUUUUUUGGAAGAUGUAAAGCUGACUGUAGAGAGACAUGAGGCACAAUGCUCUGCUGCGCAACAGGAUUAUGACAAUAAUAUAUAAAAGAUGACUUAUUAAAGUUUGAGGUUACUAAAUGUC